CAGCAUGACGUGAUUCCCCCUCUAUGCCAACUGUACAACGUGCACUUUGUAAUGUUUUGUUUGUUAGUUUUGGUUGAAUGAUUGCAUUGUGUGCAUGCCAUAUCAUACAAUUCAUAUUCUUGUUCGGUUUUUCCUUUCUGCUGCGCGGACUACGUUGAGCUGUGAAACACAACUCAACUUGGGGCACAUUGAGUAAAUUACAUUGUUUUUAAAUGCCGGAAAGCGAACAAAGUUGAGCAGUACAUUCUCGAUUGGCCUGUGAAGUGAACGGCAAUAUGAGCAACUUAACAUUUAAGCAAAGGUUGUUGGAGUGUAUAAGGGAGUACCAUAAACAAGGUUUCAUCACUGACAAUGAAAUGUCAAAAGGGCUUGUAAAAAAAUUCCAUAAUAAGCAUCUUAAGCAUGCAGGUCUAUUCAUGUUGGCAUUAAGGGGAAUGCUGAAACAAAAUAUUGUUUUCCAUCCGCAAGAAUCUGGAAAAGCAGACAAAAUUGUUUUUAAGCCAGGAAAACUAGACUUAAUUCUUGAUGGACAAGAUGCAUAUAUUACAAAGAGUGAAAAUAAGUAUGUGGUUUCACAAGAGAUUGGUUUUCGCGCACCGAAAAAAACAAAUGAACUUGGUUGUACUUUUUGUAAUAAAACAUUUGGAUCCAAAGCAGCCUUAAAACAGCAUUCUCGUGCUAAAGGUCAUGUUGUAGCUAGAUUGAAGAAACUUUCGCAAAAUCUGGAGCGUUAUGAUGAACGAAGUAUGGUUUGUGCCGAAAUAGUGCGUGGAAAAGGCAAUGCUCCAGAGACCGUUUUUAACAACGAUACUACUUUUGGAAAGAUUCUGGUCAUAGUCAAUAGAACAUCCAGUGCCAUAACACUUGAUAACAUUGAUGGCGUAAAUACCGACUUGAAUCGAUUUAUAAACAUCGUUUUUGAGUCCGGUGUCUCUAUUCUAUCGGGUGGAACGUAUGAUAUUCAAUUAAAUCUGAAUUUUGACGCGCGACGUUCCUAUAAUAUGCCACUGAUUAUCACUUAUUCGGAUGCUGCGAAUGAUACCGAAGGUGGUGUUCAAGGAAUUGACAAGCAUUUAGUGUUUGAAAUAGUUUCAAAUGAUUAUGAAAGACUACAACCUACUUCGCCAUAUCGCCGACCAAUGCGUAUUGCUUCCGAUAUGGAUGAGACUAUUGUACCAGGUGAAAAACCAGAGUUCCAGAGUGAUUUCGUACCUAUGUAUAGACUGCAAAAAUAUGAACUUACUGCUGAAUUAAUAAAGAUCUUGAAUUCGGGCUUGAAUCCUGAUAAAGUUGAGGAAAGAUCGAGAUCACGUUUGCUAGAAAUAAAGGCGUUGUUGAAUGUGGAAGAUCCAAUGGAUUGUUUGACGAGGUUUAACUAUCGAGAAAUGCUUGAUUUGUUAUUGUACUUAGAAGAGCAUCAGAUGAAGAUUGAUAUUAGGAACUACGACACCAUUACCGACAAACUUUUUCAUAUUCGUGGAAAUAUUUAUGAACUUGAAGUUCCCGAUUUAUCUGAGAAUCGGCCAUCUUUGAUCGUGGGUGAUUCGGUUUUCGUGAAGCAGCCUGGGUCAGAGAUUAAAUAUGAAGGCAUUGUUCAUGAAAAGUACUUGGAUCGGGUUAAGUUGGGCUUUAGCCACAAGUUUGCGGCGGUUUACGUAAAAAAGAUGAAAUUUGAGGUAUCUUUUGGUUACAACAGGACCACAUUAAAGCUUGAACAUCAAGCAGCCAAGUUGGCUAUGCACGCGGCCGAGUAUUUCUUCCCGGAAGAAAUUCCACCGAGCGCCCAGCAAGAUUUAACUUUGAAUUGUUAUAAUAGAAAUAUAAAUGGCAAUGAGCAGCAAUUACAAGCUGUUAAAGAAAUUGUGAAGGGGACGGCUAGUGAUGUACCAUAUCUGAUUUUUGGUCCGCCUGGCACCGGCAAAACGAUGACAGUCGUUGAGGCAAUUCUACAAGUGAGAAAACAUCAUCAAGAUCAACGCAUUCUUAUAUGCGCGCCUUCCAACAGUGCAGCGAAUCUUAUCUGCACCCGACUGCUUAAGUUUAGUUCGUUUUCCGAGAAAGAUCUGCUGCGUUACGUGUCGUACAGUUACAGCGCUUCUGAAAUUCCGGAUGAAAUGCGUAAAUACUGCAACAUUAAAAACGGAUCUGUAUGCCAUCCUACGAUGGAAAGCUUAAUGGAAUUCAAACUGGUGAUUACAACAUUGACAACUGCUGGCAGAUUGUACAACAUUGGGAUACCACGCAAGCAUUUUUCCUACGUAUUUAUUGACGAAGGCGGACACGCCACCGAGUCCGAAACUCUCAUUCCCAUCACCGCGGCCCUCGUAGACAAGGCAAUCGUAACAGGUCGUGUUAUUCUCGCUGGCGAUCCGAUGCAACUGGGUCCAAUUAUUCAUUCAUCUCUGGCGUUGAAGUAUGGUUUCGGUGUUUCUAUGCUUGAGAGAUUGAUGACAAAAUGCACGAUUUACAAGAAACACGACGGCGUAUAUGACAAUCGAGUGCUGACUAAACUGCUUAAUAACUAUCGCUCACAUCCGGCAAUCAUUGCCUUAUCCAAUGAGGAAUUCUACGAGAAUGAGCUGAUCAGUCAAGGUAACGAAUUCAGUAAUCUUGCGUUGGGUCAUGAUGUUUUACCCAAUAAGAAGUUCCCGCUGAUUUUCCACAGCGUCCUGGGUACUGACCAGCGCGAGAGCAACUCGCCUAGUUUCUACAAUAUUCAAGAAAUUAUAACCGUUUUUAAUUAUUUGGAUCAAUUGGUUGGAACCAGGAUGAGCGGUACUGUUGUCGAAGCAAGUGAUAUCGCAGUGAUAACUCCGUAUAGGAAGCAAGUGCAGAAGAUUCGCCAGAUGUGCCAAGGUCAGCAACGUUUCGAGCACCUAGAGGUCGGAAGUAUCGAGAAACUGCAAGGACAGGAACGACUCAUCGUUAUUAUAUCCACCGUUCGUUCGAAGCCGGAGUUUGUUCAACAUGAUGUUAAAUUUCAUCUUGGUUUCUUGAAAAAUCCAAAGAGGAUGAAUGUGGCUCUUACAAGGGCUAAGGCGCUGCUGAUUGUAAUUGGCAAUCCGAAUUUGUUGAAAUACGACGACAAAUGGCGAAAGUAUAUUCAACGUUGCGUCGACAACAGUGCAAUUGCAGGUGCACCGUUUUCAAUGGACAUGGAAGACGAUGCGGAACUGUUGGAAGGUUUCGAAAACAUUCGGAUUGACGAUGACAUUCAUUUCGGAAGGGGCAAUCAUUAACCAUAAGUUUCAUUGCAAUGAUUAUACAUAAACAAGUGUAUAAAAAUAUAUAUUUCAUAUUGUUUUAUAUAACAAAAUAUAACCAGAGCAUAAAAUCAAAA